CGGACCCGGAAGCACCGCUAUCAUCGAGAAGAAGGUCCAGUCGACUGUCGGCAACGGAGACGGAGGAAAUCACAGUUCCAACUGUCAAACGGCCCAUUGUUUUGAAGAAGAUUCGACCACAAAGCAAACUCACUCCGUGCAAGACUCCAGCUCCCAGGAGAAGCCCUCGGGCUUUGGCUGAGGCGGUGAAGGAGAACGUGUGCGAGGGUCCGGUGGUGACGGGGCGCGGUGCUGAGGGACGUGUCACCCCCUCGCUGCCCCUCACCGCGAGCCCCUCGAACCAGGAGCCGCUACGCUCUCCGCCCAUGAAGUUGCCAGACCAGCUGUUGGCCCAGAAGGUGCGGCGCUCCUACAGCCGGCUCAGCCCGUUUGGCACGCAGAUCGGCAACAGCAGCGACGGCUCGGACACGUCCACGCCGGACCCACGCCACCCCGCCCGCCGAUCCUUCUUCGGCUUCGAGAAGCUCCUGCACGCCGAGCCCGGGCCCCCCAUCUCGCCGGUGAAAGCCGGCAGCCCCAGGGAGGCAUCACCGUCAUUUACCGCCCCGGCCUCAAAGCAGAAGCCUGGCGGCGUUCCCGGCGUUCCCGACGCCAAGGAGAAGCGCAGGAAGAGGAAGGUGGCUCCCAUCGAGACGUCGACGCUGGACCAGUGGGCCGCGGAGAUGAACGCCACCUUCGCAGAGGCCGAGCGCUUUGACCUGCUGGUGGAGUGACCACCGACCCCCCCCCCCCCUCCCCCUGGUCAGUGUCGGACCCACGGACACGAUAACUCACGGCAGGCAGCAGUGAUGUCGGAGAACACUUCACCCAAUAGUUGUGGGAAGGUGGUGGCGAUGAGUGUGUGUGUGUGUCUGUCUGUCUCUGUGUGUGUGUGUGUCUGUCUGUGUCUGUUCCUUUGGCAACCCUCGCCCACACACCACCGGUCUAACAGUAACAGCCCGUUCACCGAGGUCUCAUCGUCGCGGACGAGAACCGUGGCUGGGACCACCUCACUCUGUCUCCACUUCAUGCGGUUUUCACCAGCUCCCACCCGCCCCCCCCCCCCAUCACACAUGGACUGCCAGAGGCCACGCACCGUGUUUCUCCCGCACGCGUUGUAUUCUCGAGGACUCCCCUUUUUUGUGAUAUACGUUCAUAAAUCAGGACAAGAUAAUUAUUUGCAAACAUGGGCUCCUUCUGAGUGGGGAAGAAAAAAAUCAUUAGGCUGCAGGGUGUGAUGUUUUUAUAAAUCAAAGUGUGAAGAUUGAUCUGCGAUGAAAUGUGUCUCUGUGCGGCCUCACACACACACACACACACACACACACACACACUCACACACACACAGUGAGCUCAGGGCAGUCUGAUUGUUACACUGCAGGGUGAGCGCUUCUCCAUAGUGAUAGCACAGUUAGGCCAUUCGGCCCAUCACGUCUACUCCGACAUUCAAUCAUGGCUGAUCUAUCUCUCCCUCCUAACCCCAUUCUCCUGCCUUCUCCCUGUAGCCCCUGACGCCCGUACUAAUCAUGAAUCUACCUAUCUCUGUCUUAAGAAUAUCCUAUGAUGGCCUCCACAGCCAUCUGCGGCAAUGAAUUCCACAGAUUCACCAUCCUCUCUGGCUGAAGAAACUCCUCCUCAUCUCCUUCCUAAAGGAACAUCCUUUAAUUCUGAGGCUGUGCCCUCUGGUCCUAGACUCUCCAACUAGUGGAAACAUCCUCGCCACAUCCACCCUAUCCAGGCCUUUCACUAUUCAGUGAGUUUCAAUGAGGUCCCCCCUCAUCCUACUAAACUCCAGCGAGUACAGGCCCAGCGCAGUCAAACGCUCAUCGCAGAUUAACCCACUCAUUCCUGGGAUCAUUCUUGUAAACCCCCUCUCCAGAGCCAGCACAUCCUUCCUCAGAUACGGGGCCCAAAGCUGCUCACAAUAUAUUCCAAAUGAGGCCUUACCUGCACCCUUUAGUCUCAGCAAUAGAUCCCUGUUUUUGUAUAUAGUCAUAGAGUGAUAAUGAGGAAACGGGCCCUUCGGCUCAACAUGCCCACAUGCCAACCUGUUCCAGCUACACUAGUCCCUCUGGUGUGGGCGUCUACAAGGUCUCGUAAUAAAUACUAGCAUUGAGUUUGCUUUUGUUACUACCUCUGGGCAAAUACCCAUGUUUAGGGAUCGGAAAGAACUGCAGAUACUGGUUUAAAUCAAAGAUAGUCACAAAAUGCUGGAGUAACUCAACGGGACUUCUUCUUAGACUUCUUCAGUCAUGGCUGGCCAUGGGUGCUAUUCCCUAUAUGGAGGACGCCUGUGCGUGACUUUGUUUAACGUGGGGAGCCACCACACGGUCCUUGACAGAUCUGGGUCAGGAUCCAGUGGCAUGGAGUCCAAGACGACCGGAGACCCUAUCCUGCUGCAGUCUUCAUCCGACUUCCCAGCCGUUGUGACGCUCCACUAAGGUCAGCCAUCGUCCUCCGCCUGUUCCACCGUUGACACAAAAUGCUGGAACUCCAAAGAAGGGUCUUGACCUGAAACGUCACCCAUUCCUUCUCUCCAGAGACGCUGCCUGUCCCGCUGAGUUACUGCAGCAUAUUGUGUCGAACUCUGUUUAGGUCACUGUUCUCAGCGAUGCCGUCUGCAAGGCCACAUGAAUUCCCUUUACAAGGUCUCUUGUAAUAAAUGCUAAUACCGCAGUCGUUACACUUUGUAUUUUGUACAGGAAGCAACUAAUAAACAGUGAUUUGUAAACUC